AUCACUGUUGGCAGAUCUCCAUACCAACCUAUUCCUUCAUUUCUUAUCCAGUUUGCAGAGAAAUAAUGUCUGGAGUCAAGGGUGGUGGAGGUACAUAUUAUGGUGGAGGAGGCAGUGGAAGUGGAGGUUCAUCAGACCAAUGCAAAGAUACAAAUCCAUGUGUACCAGUUCAGCAAUACCAGGGUAACAACGCUGGUCAGGGAUCCACAGGCACUGUUAACCCUUGCCAGCAAGGUCAGGUUGGCCAGAUAAGUGGAGGUUACACAAGUGGUGCUGGAGGAACCUAUGGAUCAAGUGGUAUCACUCAGAUAAGUGGAAGUGGAGGAGGUAAUAUCAGCCAGCUUAGUGGAGGUUGCAUCGGUGGAAGUGGAGGAAGUGACACCAGCCAGAUAAGUGGAAGUGGAGGAUAUGGCACCAGCCAGAUUAGUGGAGGUUGCCUCAGUGGAAGUGGAGGAGGUAACACCAGCCAGAUUAGUGGAAGUGGAGGAUAUGGCACCAGCCAGAUUAGUGGUGGUUGCAUUGGUGGAAGUGGAGGAGGUAACACCAGCCAGAUAAGUGGAAGUUGCAUUGGUGGAAGUGGAGGAUAUGGCACCAGACAGAUUAGUGGAAGCGGAAGCGGUGGAAGUGGUUGCACCAGCCAGAUUACCGGAAUUUACAGCAGUGGAGUAAGCUAUGGAUCGGGCUGUGGAGGAAGCUCUGGUGGGCAGAAUGGUGGAGGUGGAGCCAAAAAGUGAAGAUCCCAAUCCAGAUUAGAAUUGAAAAUGUUAAUUUUGCUGUUAAACAUACUGUAAACUUCCCUAUUUGAAUCUGAAUAAACAAGCAGACUAAAGUGA